AUGACCCUAUUCACAGCAUCGCUCGUUCUAGCAUGGAUAGCUCUCCUGCAAUUUUCUUCCACAACUCCUUUGUUACGAAAACGAUCCGAGUCCGGCCCUCAUAUCACAACAGAUUUCCCAGAUCCUUCGAUUCUCAGGGUCGGCGAUACCUGGUAUGCCUUUGCUGGACAAUCACUGUAUGACUACAAAAGCACACACAUCCAAAUCGCAACCUCGACAGACUUUAAGACGUGGACACUCCAGCCAGGAGAUGACAUGCUGCCCUAUCUGCCAAGCUGGGUAGAUUCUUCCAAGAAUCAUGUCUGGGCUCCGGAUAUCAAUCACUUGGAUGAUGGCACAUUUCUCUUGUAUUUCAGCGCUCCUACAUACCACACCAAUGCUCCUCAUUGCAUCGGCACCGCCACCAGUGACACGAUCGAUGGCCCAUAUAUACCCUCCGAGGAGAGCUUCGCCUGUCCAGCUGACCAAGGAGGCGCCAUCGACGCAUCUGGGUUCCGCGACGCAGACGGCACCCGAUAUGUAGUAUACAAGAUCGACGCCAACUCACUCGGCCAUGGCGGAAUCUGCAACAACGGAGUCGAACCAAUCGUCUCCACACCCAUCCUCAUCCAACAAGUGGACAGCGAUGGAGUAACCAAGAUUGGCGAUACAUUCCAGCUCAUCACAAAUGACUCUCCAGAAGACGGCCCCCUUGUCGAGGGCCCCAGCAUGAUACACUCGGGUGAUGUAUACUACCUCUUCUACUCAUCCAAUUGCUUCACCACCACAAACUACAAUGUGGCAUAUGCGACAAGCUCAUCUCCCACUUCUGGCUUUAUGAAACAGGGUGUUCUGUUCAGUACUGCAUAUGCAGGACUCAGGGGUCCUGGUGGCGCAGAUGCUGCUUUUGACAAUAGCUAUUUUGUGUUUGCUGCACAGAUAGGUGGUGGGAGGAGGGGAUUGUAUACUGCUCGAAUUUGGUUGGUUGGCGAUAGCGUGUCUACAUAG